GAGAAGAGUAGCCAGGAGACUCAAUUACCUCUCUGUUUUGAGCACCUUCAUGCAUUCUUAAGCAGUUUAAACCUUCCUGUUCCAAGCCGGUUGGCUGCUGCCCAUUUAGUCCGCAACAAGAAGUCAUAUAUGCGAAGCUAUACAAUUGUAAUAUUCUAGUUUCAACAAGAAUUUGGAUUAUCAAUAUCGCUCGUGAGAUCCUUUUCACAGAAUGGCCAAUGCUAAUGCUGCUGCUAGUUCUUCAUCAACGAAAAACGAUGAUGAAAUAAAGAUAUGGGUAAAGUCCAUCGAGAAAGAACGAAGAGGGGUCUGUCUCUUCCAAUCCGGAUGUAGUAUAUUCCGAGUGCCCAAGUAUCUUAAAAACAUAAAUCAAGAAGUCUACACACCUCAAUUAGUCUCCAUUGGCCCUUUGCACUAUGGUGAGGAACAUUUACAGUCCAUGCAAGCACAUAAGUUGCGCUAUUUGAAUUCUUUUCUAGAUCGACACGAAGAGAAAAUUAGCUUGGAUGAUUAUGUGAAAGCAGUGAGUGAGUUAGAAGAAGAAGCUCGAAAAUGUUAUUCAGAAACCAUAGGAAGGGGUUUCGAAAAAGAUGAGUUUGUGAAGAUGAUGGUGAUAGAUGGUUGCUUUAUACUAGAGCUCUUCGAGAUCGUUAAAAAUGGAGAGAAAGAUGAUUUGUUUUUAAAUCGUUCAUGGUUUCAGGCAGUUCUCAAUGACUUGCUUACUCUUGAAAAUCAGCUUCCCUUUUUUGUUCUUGAGCGUUUAUAUGGCCUAAUCUACGAAUUGCAGACCCUGACGAAAACCUUCAAUCAAGCUAUCUACGAUGAGCUUUUAGGUUGGUUCGACCUCCAUGACCCAUCCAAUGAACAAUUAAAUUCAGUAUCACUUUUAGAGGGUGGAGCAAAGCAUUUGCUUGAUCUUUUACGAAGUACCCUAAUCGAUUCAUCUACGACGAGGAAAGAUACUAAAAAGCAUUUGGUGCAGACAAGUUGUGCCUCUGAACUUAAGAGAGCUGGUGUCAAGUUCCAAAAGAUGGAGCCAACGUCGUCGAACUCUCCAAAGACAUCUUUUUUAGACAUAGACUUCGACAUGAACAAGGGAGUAUUGACAAUCCCAACCAUUAGUAUAUUUGAUGAAACAGAACACACUCUUAGAAACCUCAUUGCCUUUGAGCAAGGUCAAGAAGACAUUACUCCUUAUUUCACAGCCUAUGCAGCCUUCAUGGAUGGCCUCAUUGAUACUCGUAGUGACGUCGAGCUGCUACAAGAGAAGGGAAUUAUUGUGAACAACAUUGGGAACCCAGAAGACGUGGUGACCUUGUUUAACAACAUUGUCAAACGUGUUACGCUGAAGGAUCCUUAUUUCUCUGGAGUUAUACAGGAUGUGGGAUACUAUCACAAUAUACUAUGUAACAAAUGGUUGGCAAAUUUAAAGCAGAACUAUUUCAACACACCAUGGGCAUUAAUUUCAUUCCUUGCUGCACUCAUCCUCCUCAUCUUGACAGUUGGACAGACUAUCUGUUCCAUCUUACAACUUGCAUGGACCAAACAUUAGUAUGUUAUUAUGAAUCUAUUAAUUAUUUAGUAGAUAAGACUGUACG